AUGAGCUCCGAGGACGAGCUCCACGCAGCCACCGGGUUCCACCAGCUGCCGCUGCGCAUCCGCGACAAGGCCAACGGCAUCAACGGGCUCAACUCCCUCCACAAGAUCACCGUCGAAGUCCCCAGCCGAUCCCUCACCGCGACCAACAACGCACCGGGCCACCACUCGCACCAUCCCUCGCUGUCGACCGCUCCCUCGCGCCUGCACAAGCGCUGCCCCGAGUCGCUUCAGUUCCUCACCAGCAAUGCGCGCCUCCGGUCUCCCACCCAGUCGUCCAUGUCCAGCAUCCCGGACUCGGCCACCACCUACUCGCACUCGACCUUUGCCAGCCCCGUGAGCUCCAGCUACGCCAGCGACCUCCAGGAGUUCUUCACCGGCUCGCGCCCCUCCAGCCGUGUCUUCCACCGCCACAAGACGUCCGUCACGACCUGCUCUACCCUGAUCAACGAUGAGGACGAGACACCCGUCGUCCACAACAUCAGCGACAAGAUCGACCAGUAUCGCAGCGCCGGAGACGUCACGCCGCGGUCGGCAGAUGAGAUUGAACCCGACGACUUUGACGAUCGCCGCCUGACCCUGACCCUGACCAAGCCCUGCCCCCCUCUGCCUGGGCCAGAAGAGCUCGAAGACGACGAAGAAGACGAGGAGGAGGAAGAGGAGGAAUCAGCUGCGGAGAACUGGGAGACUGCCUCGGUCCUGUCCUUUGACGACUGCGACCCCGAAGAGGCCGAUGCAGUCCUGGACUUUACCAUGCAGAUGGUCUACGGCGUCGACAGCAAGGACGCAUCUGUUCUCCCAGCCAAGUCACGAGAGAUUGUCCAACGCUUCAUCCGUGACCUCGGCCAAUGCUUCUGGCAGGCACAGGCCUCUCCGGACUCCAAUAGCAACAACAUGUCGUCGAGCGCAUCGUCGUCGCCCGCGGCCAACGGGGCUGCCGGGGACUCGCAGCGUGGCGGCAAGCGGAAGAAGAAGCAGCAGCAGAAGGGCGGAGCAGGAGGCGAAGACGGGGAGGACAUGAGCGAGGGUGAGGGCGAGGCUUUCCUGCCAGCCAAGAAGAUGAAGCCGACUCCUCGCGACGAGGAUCUGCGCCUGAGCUGUCCUUUUAGGAAGAGGAACCCAACCCGCUUCAACGUGCGCGAUCACCACUCCUGCGCCAUGACCUUCUUCCCCAAGUUUGCCGAGCUGAGGCAGCACAUUGUCAAGCAGCACAAGAGGGACGACCCCUCGGCCUUUGUCUGCGACCGAUGCAACCGCGACUUUCCCACCAGAAAAGAGCUCCGGGAUCACCAGCGUCUGCCUAGAGACCAGAUGUGCGAGAUCUCCGACUCGGACCCGGAGAACGGCAUCGACGGCCCAACUGCCACCAAGCUGCUGAGCAGGAAGCGAACCAGCGGCUCGUCGACUGAGAUCCAGUGGAGAGAGAUCUGGAACAUCCUCUUCCCUGACGAUGACGACAACAUAAUCUAUGAGUACCACUUUACCCCUGUUAUUGAACACUUUGAGCUGCAAAACACCUACCUCGCCUCGUUCGAGCUCCUCAAGUCGUCUCUGCGGGACAAGAUCUCCAACCCCGCCACCCUCGAGACUCUGGCCGCCAAGUUUCACGAGUGCUUCAUCGAGACCGUCAUGCGCUGCAUCGCCGAGGCCCAGACCAUGCCCUACGCCAACCGCAGCAACAAGCGCAGCGAGCAGCUCGCCUCCGCCUCUGCCGCCCUGAAUGCCCUCACAGCCCCUAUCGCCAUCGCGGCCACACCGGCGGCCACCAUCGCUCCCACCCAGACGACCGCCACCGUCGCCCGCAAGGUCCGCGAGGUCCUCCCCCGCCCCGACUCGGGCGUCGUCAUGACCGACGACACCUCCGAGGAGAGCGGCAGCGUCAUGGGCAGCAACACCCACCGCGAGAGCAUCCGCACCGCCCGCUCCUCCCAGCGCGGCAGCAGCCUGGCCCCCCGCCCCAAGCACCUCUCCUCCCAGAACACCCACCGCUCCUCCGCCACCUCCUCGGGCGUCUUCGACGGCUCCUUCACCCUGCCGCACCACCUCCAACAACAAGCCUUCCUCGCGCCCCAGCCUGCCACAACUACCGCCCCGAUGAGCUUCGACUCGGGCUACAUGGCCCCCGUGGACGUGCAGGCGUGGACCAGCGGCGUCCAGCCCCCGACCUCGUCGGCGACGCACAUGUACCACCACAACAUCCCGGAGAACGAGAUCGCGCCCCCGCCUGUGUUCCAGGACAUGGGCAUCCCCAGCGACCUCGGCGCCGCCUGGGCGCAGCAGCAGUUCUACGCCGGCGGCGACAUGGGGCUGGAACCCAUGGGGGACGAGUUUGCGGGAUUCCACAACGGCCGGUAG